UUGCUGGCAUAUUGCUGAGCGCGGCGUUAAACAACAACAAAAGCACAAAUCAUAUAUAUUUUGUUUUCCAGACGACUCGCAAUGACGACAAACCGAGCACCGGCAGAGCACCUGAACUACGGGGACCAAGAGCAGGGGGACAUCGUCAUGAUCGAUGUCCUGGUCCCCAAGAAUGGUUCCAAGGUUGACACCUACUACAGUGGCUUGAACUGGAACGGUGGUCGUGACGGAGGUGGAUACUGUGGCAUCCAGGACCACGGACCCAAAGGGAAGACCUACAUCUUCUCCAUGUGGGACCCAAAGACGGCAACCACGGAGAAGAUCACGGCCUCCUACCAGGGUCUUUGGACCAAAUCCCACUACUUUGGCCACGAAGGAAACGGGCUCCAUUCCGACAACACCAGUCUGGGAUGGGACCCUGAUGUGUGGUUCACACUGGCGGUACGGCGCUGGGACGUACUCAAACACAGUCACUUUGGGUACUGGGUCCAGAACCAGGCUAGCGGUGUCUGGACCCAUCUGGUGUCCUUCGACUACCCAAUUGCAGAUGUGACGUUCAUGAGCAGCACGUCGUCCUUCAUGGAGAACUACUCUGGAGGAGGUGACGGAAGUCUGCUGAGACAGGUCCACUAUGGUCAUGGGUACAAGCGACGUCUGGACAAGACAUGGAUCCCUUUUGACCAGGCCAACUUCUCCGUCAACCAGGGAGCCCAGACGGCCCAUUGGAACCACAACUACAACGCUGGAUCUAAGGCUGACUAUUUCUUCCUGGAGCUGGGUCAGUCCAUCCACCCUGACCCAGGGGUCGGGACCCGCCACAGCUUCAAACUAGCCACCGCUAUGCCACCAAAGCCUACCAAGCCUGCUAUCACGUUCACCAUUAGGAAGGCUACGCAUGACGUGGUGGAGUGGCACGUCCCUGACACGUCAACGCCGCAGUUCAGCUACACCGUCGACGUUGAUGGUAAACAUGUCGCCUCUGGGGUCGAUCCGGAGAAGAGGAGUCUUGACAUGAACCGCGUACAGGGGAACAAGGUCACGGUGACACUGGAGGAUCUUUUUUGGCGAGACCGUGUCUGUGUCAAAAGUGAUAAGUUAAGUAAAAGCGUGAUGGAAGAUUUGCCUGUUCUUUAUUACAUCACAACACGGGCAAAGAGAGCAACCAUGAACAGUUAUAAAGCAAGAUGUAUUUCCCCUGUAUAGAGGAAGAUAGGCGUUUGUGUUUUAGUGAAGAAUUACUAUAAUAUAAUAAUUUUCAUAGUCUUUUCUUAUUAACCAAUUGAUUGAUGAUUUUACCACUGCUAAUUAGUUACCUCAUUAUGCAGAUAUCGAAGAAAUACUGUUACUCAGUAUUGUUAACCAAUUAACGUAAGGUUUUACCACUGCUAUAUUACGGACAUGUAGUUACCUGUUAUUUAAACUUGUCCGACGCAUUAAAGUAUCCAUCUCCAUUUGUUAGCCAAUACACUACGUGUGGCCCAUGUUUGAUAAGUUGAAUGGUGACCCUACAUGUAUAUUGUGUCCAGAUAGAUCAGCUACUUUCAUGUGUUCCCUAAUUCUUUGCUAUGAGUAUAUCUUACCACACUUUCACUUACUCUGGUCCCGAUUCUGUCACCGUAAAGAUGAUGUAUCAUGUCUUAUGUGCAACACAACGUGUGUUAAUCAUAAAUGAGGAAAUAAAUGGUGGAAUGUU